CAUCGUGCAAUCUCUGAUUAGUAAACUAGCUUUCCGCAAAGAAGAGAAAGAAACACAAGACUUCUCAGGAACCAAAAUCGCAACAACGUAUCCGAUCGGAUCCAUUCCUUCAUAUAGCUCUUGAGUGUGUCCAAUUUCCACAUUUUGCGGAAUAGAGAAACAAACUGUCUGUCAAAACCGCCAUCGCCCUAGGGUUUCUCGCGAAAUGUGCGCGAUCGAGACCUAGGGUUUAUGAGGCGUUAACUGUUGCUGCUCCUGCAUAAGCUUCAAGCGUCGUCGUUUCUAUUCUCUUCCCGCGGGACCCAUUUUACCAAACCACGCUUUCAUUCUGUUGAUUGAGUGCAUGGAGAGGUUUUCGUCUUACAGGCGUCGUUCUGACGGAGAGGGCAGUUCCGCUUCAGCCGAGGACAAUCGCCGGAAGCGCGCCAGAGUUUAUUUUGAUUUCGAUGGCGCUCAUUCUGCGAUUGCGGGUUCUUCGAAUGUUGGGAAAUCCAGUGCAUCUGCCGAAUAUGGGGAUUAUAAUGAUAUUCAGGGAUCGUCUGUUCAAUCCAACGAUGAUGCUUUGCGGUUGAUGUCUUCUGGUGAGGGGAGUAACUUUGAUGAAGGAGAUGACAGUGACAUCGCAAAUGUAGAUGAUCUAGUAAACAAGAUGGAUCUUACGGAUGAUUUGUUGCACAUGGUUUUCUCCUUUUUGGAUCACUCCAAUCUCUGCAAAGCUGCCAGGGUUUGUAAUCAGUGGAGAAUUGCUAGUGCUCACGAAGACUUCUGGAAGAGUUUGAAUUUUGAAGAUCGUAACAUAUCUGUUGAGCAAUUCGAGGACAUCUGUAGGCGUUAUCCUAAAAUCGCAACAAUCCGCUUGUCCGGUCCUCCCUCUUACCAGCUUGUCAUGAAGGCCGUCUCUUCGUUAAGAAAUCUUGAGGCUUUAACGUUGGGAAGAGGAAAUAUAAUGGAUAGUUUUUUCCAUGCUUUGGCUGAUUGUUCUAUGUUGAGGAGACUGAGCAUCAAUGAUGCUGUACUUGGCAGUGGUAUUCAGGAAAUAUCAGUUAAUCACGACAGACUGUGUCAUCUUCAGUUGACUAAGUGCCGUGUGAUGCGUAUAGCUGUCAGGUGCCCACAACUCGAAACCAUGUCCUUGAAGCGCAGUAACAUGGCUCAGACUGUACUCAACUGCCCCCUUUUGCAAGAGCUUGAUAUAGGGUCUUGCCACAAACUUCCUGAUUCUGCUAUUCGAUCAGCUGUGACAUCAUGCCCGCAAUUAGUUUCUUUGGACGUGUCUAAUUGUUCAUGUGUUAGUGAUGAAACAUUAAGGGAGAUAGCCCAGAAUUGUGCCCACCUUAGUUUUCUUGAUGCAUCAUACUGUCCAAAUGUAUCCCUAGAGACUGUUCGACUGCCAAUGUUAACAGUUCUGAAGCUACACAGUUGUGAGGGCAUCACUUCAGCUUCAAUGGCUGCAAUAGCUUAUAGUUCCAUGUUGGAGGUUUUGGAGCUUGAUAAUUGUAGCCUAUUGACAUCAGUGUCUUUAGAUCUUCCUCGCUUGCAGAACAUUAGAUUGGUUCAUUGUCGCAAAUUUGCCGAUUUGAAUUUGAUGACCCUAAUGCUGUCUUCUAUCUUGGUGUCCAAUUGUCCUGUGCUCCAUCGUAUAAACAUCACAUCAAAUUCACUUCAAAAAUUAACUAUACCGAAGCAGGACAGCUUAACCACAUUGGCUUUGCAAUGCCAAUCUUUGCAAGAAGUUGAUCUCUCUGAAUGUGAAUUUUUGAAUAACUCUGUAUGCAAUGUUUUUAAUGAUGGUGGGGGCUGUCCAGUGUUGAAAUCAUUAAUUCUCGAUAACUGUGAGAGUUUGACAUCGGUUCAAUUCAUCAGUACCUCUUUAAUCUGUCUUUCACUUGGUGGUUGCCGAGCAAUAACUAAUCUUGAUCUCACAUGCCCUAAUCUAGAGAAACUUGUAUUGGAUGGCUGUGAUCAUUUGGAAAGAGCGUCAUUUUGUCCUGUUGGUCUUUCAUCUCUCAAUUUAGGAAUAUGCCCAAAAUUGAGUACACUCAGCAUUGAAGCACCUUAUAUGGUUUCACUUGAGUUGAAAGGAUGUGGUGUACUAUCUGAAGCAUUCAUUAAUUGUCCACUCUUAACAUCUCUCGAUGCUUCCUUUUGCAGCCAACUAACUGAUGACUGCUUGUCUGCUACAACUGUCUCAUGCCCACUGAUUGAGUCAUUGAUACUGAUGUCAUGCCCAUCAAUUGGUUCAGACGGUCUUCGAUCUUUAUUUUGUCUUCCAAAUUUGACUGUUCUUGACUUAUCAUACACUUUCUUGGUGAACUUGCAACCUGUUUUUGAUUCUUGUUUACAGCUAAAGGUGUUAAAGCUGCAAGCAUGCAAAUAUCUCACUGAAACAUCACUUGAACCACUUUACAAAGGAGGGGCUUUACCAGCACUUCAGGAGUUAGACUUGUCUUAUGGAACUUUCUCUCAGUCAGCCAUAGAUGAGCUUCUUGCUUGCUGCACAAACCUCACUCAUGUGAGCUUGAAUGGUUGUUUGAAUAUGCAUGAUUUGAAUUGGGGAUGCAGUUGUGGGCAGAGUAAGAAUUUGCCUGCUGCGAACACCCUAUCAAGGGCAAGUUCUAAUGAGAAUGUUCCUGAAUUAAGUGAGCAAUCCCCUCGCUUGUUGCAAAACCUUAAUUGUGUUGGAUGUCCAAAUAUUAGGAAGGUUGUCAUUCCAUUGAGGGCAAAUUGUUGUCAUUUGUUAAUUUUAAACCUUUCGCUCUCCGCGAAUUUGAAAGAGGUUGAUGUUACUUGUCUCAACCUAUGCUUUCUUAAUUUAAGCAAUUGUUCCUCUCUAGAAAUUUUGAAGCUAGAGUGUCCAAGAUUGACUAGUCUAUUCCUUCAGUCUUGCAAUGUUGACGAGGAAGCUGUUGAAGCUGCUAUAUCGAAAUGCAAUAUACUGGAGACUCUUGAUGUUCGCUUUUGUCCAAAGAUAAGCUCAAUGAGCAUGGGAAGAUUACGCACAAUUUGUUCGAGUUUGAAGCGUAUAUUCAGCAGUUCGUCAACUUUGUUACCUUGAUCAAGGAUCAGUUUUUCCUAGUGGAUUGAAGGAGCGCUUGGUAAUAAAUCUAUUAUUUCAUCGUGUUUUUGUAAAUGGCUAAAAUUUAAAUUUGCUUGUUUGUUUUGCAUAUGGAAAUCAGUUCUAUUUUUGUUGCAAUAAUUUAUAUUUAUUCUACUUGCUAUUCUUGUAAAUCAACAUUUCAAAUUUCAAACGAAUCCGCGUUGAAGAA